GGACGGAGGGGGAGGAGCUUAGACUUGCCGUGUGCCUGUCUUCUCUCCAUUGAUUGCCAGCCAGCCAGAAGCAGCAGCGGCAGCAGCUCUCACCUCAGCGCGCACAUAAGGAUGCGACAUACAGUAGUUUUAGACUGAGAAAACUACUUGAAGUUCUCUGCAAAUUUUUCAGCACUUGAGCAAAAUGAAGCAAGCUCCUCACAUAAUAGAAAACCCAACUGUGAAAGCCGCCGGUGUGGAGAUGAGUCGGGAGUGUUCUGUGUUCCUGAGCAGAACGCCGAUUUCCACCUCCGUACAAGAGGGGGUCAUACAGAAGCUAAAUGGCCAUGAUGCGCUGCCUUUCCUUCCAACCGAGAAACUGAAAGACCUGACUUCCCGGGUAUACAACGGAGAGUCCGGCGCUCACGAGGCAGAUGUGCCAGUUGACUCCCAGGAAGCUCAGGGAGCUGAGACUCCACAAAACACAACUCCCACCAAGAACGGCUCGCCAGAAAUCAAGCUGAAAAUCACCAAGACCUAUAUGAAUGGGAAACCUCUUUUUGAGUCUUCCAUUUGUGGUGAGCAAGGGGAAGAAGCGGCUAAACCAGAAGAAAAUGAAAGUAAAAACAAGAAAGAGAGGAAGCGAAAAAGUAUAAAGUUUGAAUCCUCUGAAGAAAAGUCCAGUGAAGGAACUCAAGCAGAAUCUGUUCCUGCUGAAUCAUCUGAAGAAAAUUCUGUUUCAGAUCUAGAUACGUCCUUUGAGCAGAAAGAGCACAGUGAAAUUCCAUGUAAAUUCUCAGUUGGAGAUCUGGUAUGGUCUAAAGUCUCCGGAUAUCCAUGGUGGCCAUGUAUGGUGACAUCUGAUCCAGUUCUUCACAGCCACACCAAGAUCAAGGGUCAGAAAAAGAGCUUUCGACAGUAUCAUGUGCAGUUUUUUGGAAAUGCACCGGAAAGAGCAUGGAUUUUCGAAAAGAGUAUUGUGCCUUACACUGGAGAACAUGAGUAUGAACAGCUGUGCCAGGAGAGCGCUAAACAGGCAACAAGCAAAGCUGAAAAAGUCAAGCUUUUAAAACCAAUAACUGGCAAAUUGAAAACACAGUGGGACAUAGGUGUGCAACAAGUGAAAGAAGCCAUACAGAUGACUGUCCAGGGGAGGAAAGAAAAGUUUACUUUCAUUUAUAUUAAAGACCGUCCCCAUCUUAAUCCUAAAGUGGCUGGAGAGGUUGGCAUUCCUGCCGAGUCCUGCCAGGACGACGAGUCAGAUGAACCUGUCGAAAGCCCUAAGAAAGAUGACGGAGUGCCUAGCAAAAGGAGAAGAGUGUCAAGGAAUUCUGCCAACUGCCAAGAGACUGAUCCUGAUUGGAAAACCACUACUGAAAGCUCGGAUACUAAAGGAGCCAUGACCUCGCCUGUCCAGAAAAGGAAGUCAGGAGCACAUAAUGCUAAAGGCCGGAAGGGAGAUGCUGCUACUCAGUUCCUGGUGUUCUGCCAGAAGCACAAAGAUGAGGUGAUCAAUGAACACCCAGAUGCUUCCAGAGAAGAGAUUGAAGAGCUGCUUGAGUCACAGUGGAACAUGCUCAGUGAUAAACAAAAAGCUCGCUAUAAUACAAAGUUUGCCAUUCUCACCUCUCCCAAAUCUGAAGAAGACUCUGGUUCAACUCCGAAGGACGCAGGGGUCAUCAAGAGGAACAGAUUUCAAGAGUCACCAAAGAGGAGAUCAAGAUCAAGAAGUAGAUUGCAUGGAAAUACAGGAAACCACACAAAGAUGGACAUCAAGUCUACGGACGAUGAGGAAGGCCCCAGGAAGAGGCUCAGGACCCACAGUCAGAAGCAAGUGGAAAGCAGUAAUGAGAAGGCUUCAAAAUCAUGUAGAGGCAGAGAACGUGCCCCUGUAAAGGCCCAGCCAGCGUGUGAACUGUCAGAUGCUUGUAAGCCGCUGAAGAAGAGAAAUCGCAGUUCAGAUUUGGGCUCAGUUACACGUGCUGUCCGUAAGAGCGUGUCCCCCCUGUCUCUGGCCGAUAAUGAGGUGUCUGAUGAGAGGUCUGAAUCCCCAUCAGAGAGCGCAGAUGAGUCUGUCUUGUCAAAGAAGUGUGAGAAAGGAAGUUCAAAGAAGGAGCUUGUCUGCCAGAUGUGUGAGAAAACUGGGGACCUCCUGCUGUGUGAAGGCCUGUGCUUCUCUGCUUUCCAUUUGUCUUGUAUCGGGCUCUCUGCAAAGCCAAGCAGACAGUUUCUCUGUGAAGAGUGUACUUCCGGUAUUCACACGUGCUUUAUAUGUAAGCAGAAGGAUGCAGAAGUCAAACGGUGCAGUGCAUUAAACUGUGGCAAGUUCUACCACGAGGCUUGUCUGCGCAAGUACCCUCUUGCUGUGUUUGACAACAAAGGUUUCCGCUGUCCUCUUCAUCACUGCGCAAGCUGCAUCGUGUCAAAGUCCUCCAGCAUCAGAAUAAUAAAAAAUAAAUUGAUACGUUGUGUCCGCUGCCCGAUUGCUUACCAUGGUGGGGAGUCCUGUAUUGCAGCAGGAUGCACAGUGCUGUCACCUUCCAACAUAAUCUGUACUGCACACUUUGCUGCUAAGAAGGGCAACAGCCAUCAUUCCCAUGUCAACGUGAGCUGGUGUUUCGUAUGUUCCAAAGGUGGAAAUCUCUUGUGCUGUGAGUCCUGUCCCUCCGCUUUCCAUCCAGAGUGCUUGAAUAUUGAGAUGCCAGAGGGAACCUGGUUUUGCAAUGACUGCAGAGGAGGGAAGAAACCACGAUACCAGGAUAUCAUUUGGGUCAAACUGGGCAACUACAGAUGGUGGCCAGCAGAAGUGUGUCAACCCAAAAACAUUCCUACGAACAUUCAGAAGAUGAAACAUGAGAUUGGAGAGUUCCCAGUUUUCUUUUUUGGUUCUAAAGAUUAUUACUGGACCCACCACGCGCGAGUUUUCCCGUAUAUGGAGGGCGAUCGAGGGAGCAAACAUCAUGGAGUAAAAAGCAUCGGCAAAGUCUUUAAAAAUGCCUUGCAAGAAGCUGAAGAGCGUUUCUGUGAGAUAAAGUCACAGCGGAAAGAAAAAGAAACUCAGGAAAACGAAAAAAAGCCACCACCAUAUAAGCACAUAAAGGUGAAUAAGCCGUAUGGCAAAGUUCAAGUUUACACUGCUGAUAUUUCCGAAAUUCCUAAGUGCAAUUGUAAGACGUCGAGUGAUAAACCCUGUGGAUUUGACUCCGAAUGUCUAAACCGUAUGCUGAUGUACGAGUGUCAUCCUCAAGUGUGUCCUGCCGGGGUGAGGUGUCAGAAUCAGUGCUUUACAAAGCGCCAAUAUCCCGAGACCAAGAUCAUCAAGACUGAGGGAAAAGGAUGGGGACUGAUAGCCACACGAGAUAUUAAGAAGGGAGAGUUUGUUAAUGAGUAUGUUGGAGAACUUAUAGAUGAAGAGGAAUGCAUGGCAAGGAUUCGCCAUGCACAGGAGAAUGACCUCAUGCACUUUUAUAUGCUGACCAUUGAUAAGGACAGAAUAAUUGAUGCUGGACCUAAAGGGAACUAUUCUCGGUUUAUGAAUCACAGCUGUCAGCCAAACUGUGAUACCCAAAAAUGGACAGUAAAUGGAGACACUCGUGUGGGCUUGUUUGCAGUGCGGGACAUACCUGCAGGAGAAGAACUUACAUUUAACUAUAAUUUGGAUUGUCUUGGAAAUGAGAAAACCGUGUGCAGGUGUGGAGCUCCUAACUGUAGUGGAUUCCUUGGGGACAGACCAAAGAAUUCCUCUGGAUCUGCUCAUGAAGAAAAGUCCAAAAAACCCAAGAAGAAAGCAAAACGACGCCGAACAAAAGGCGAUGGCAAAAAGGAGUCGGAGGAUUACUGCUUUCGCUGCAAUGAUGGCGGAGAGCUUAUUUUGUGUGACAGAAAGCUCUGUACAAAAACCUACCACCUUGAUUGUCUUGAUCUUGACAAAAGGCCUUUCGGGAAGUGGGAGUGUCCGUGGCAUCACUGUGACGUCUGUGGAAAGGCUUCUGUCACCUUCUGCUGCCUGUGCCCAAAUUCGUUUUGCAAAAGCCACCAUGAUGACAAACAAUUCAGGCGGACAGCGGGCGGCAAGCUGUGCUGCCUGGAGCAUGACCAGCAGGAGUUCAAUGAAGUUCAAGCUGCUGAAAGCAAAGCUAAAGAGCACUCAAAAGUCACGCAGAAGAAAAGCCAGAAGACUAGAUAAAACUGAAAGGACUGCAACACUAUUGUAAAUAUAUAUACCUAUUUGUGAAUAAGUUGAAUGAUGGCCUUUUUUCAUUCAAUGCUGUACAGCUAGCUCACCUCCUUCUGAUUCAGGACUCAAAUGUACCCACUGAGCCAACCUCUGCAGCCGAGGCUGCGUCUGCACUGAAUGCCUAGCUGCAUUUACUGCAGCUUGUUACCUGUCAGGACAAAUCCACCGUACACAGCAUUACCGCUAUAUCCUCAUUAGUGGCUUAAUAAUGGAGAGGCUCUUGUAUUGGUCUAAGACUGGAGCUGCUUGAAGUACUCCUAUUGAGCAGGUAUUGA